AUGUAUGGCACAGCUGCUGCCACUUCUCUAGAGAAUAUCCCUCCUGAGAGUAUUUCGAUGAUGUCGGGACUCUUCCUGCCUGGCUACAAUUUGGGAUACAUUUUUGCGAUUAUCUUUUAUAGAGCUUUCCAAUAUACACAUGGUGGAGAAGGCUGGCGUUCUCUGUGCUGGUUUACUGCUGGACCUGCUGCUCUAUUGGCAAUUUGGAGACUCUGUUUCCCUGAAGGAGAGUACUUUUCAAAGCUCAAAGAAAAGAGAGAAUUUGAAAAACUGAAUGCUGUGGGUAGAUGGAACGAUGCUAAAGUAGCUAUUGCUAACUACUGGGUGGUAUUUGUCUAUCUUAUUUUCCUCAUGUCUGGCAUGAACUUCAUGUCCCAUGGAACUAUGGAUUUGUACCCAACUUUAUUGGUGACCCAGGCCAAACUUGGUACCGAUGCAAAGACUGUGGUCAUGGUAGUAAGCAACCUCGGUGCCAUAGCUGGAGGGUUGAUUUUUGGCCAACUGUCUGAAAUUCUUGGUCGUCGUCUCUGUAUUAGUGUGUGCUGUCUUUUGGGUGGUGCAUUCGUGUACCCAGCUUUCCUGGGUGCCAACGAGAACACUUUAAUGGCAGGAUCCACAUUACUAAUGGCUGCUGUGUUUGGAGCAUGGGGACAGAUCACUAUUCAUCUUUUCGAGUUGUCACCUCCCAGAUAUCGAACACUGGCUGCUGGUCUAGCUUAUCAACUUGGAAACCUUGCUUCGUCUGCUUCAGCUACUAUUGAGGCCACUAUUGGCGCUAGAUUUCCAAUUGGUGAUAAACCAGGGGUCUAUAACUACGGUUUAGUUAUGUGUAUCUUCAGUGGUGCUGUUUUCGGAUACGUUUUGAUUGUAAUCUUCUUAGGACCCGAACGAUUCCAUAGAGAUCUUUACGAACAAGUCCGCACGGAUGAUGAGAAAAUAUACACCCUGGACGAUGAAAAGGCUGAAACACACCAUAUCGAUUCAGUUGGCAGGGUUUAG